AUGGGUGUGAAGAUGGCUGAAUGCGAACCUCCUCCAGUUCCUAGUUUCUCUGAUUCUAUAUCCGACUGUUCUUCGACAACUCUAUCCAUACCUACCACCCCACCUCCCUUCGAACCGAUCUUCCUGCCUUACUGGGCCCGUUACGAGACAAAGUUUGCCCAGAACCUAUUAGACUACUCCGACGAGCCAAUCGAAUACGAUCACGACGACGAGGACUAUCGCGACAACUGCUUCUUCUUCCCGGAAGAUUGCUCGUGGACACCGCCAAAAGAUUGCAUUGCGGAGACAGACUGCAGAUCACUGCAGGAGGAACCCGAGAUCCAGGUGGAGGAACACACGCCUUCGGUAGGCCAGGACACCGACACCGACAACAUGAUUCCCGGUCUCCCCGAUAUCAAGAUGCUAGACGCGGAGGCGCUAAGCGAUCUCUUGGAAGAUAACCUAUCCCCACCGGAGAUCACAACGAUCAUUGUCUUCGCAACAAACGGCGCCGUUUUCGCCCACGGCUCCUCCCUCUCCUCCCGCCAGCUACGCAACCUCAGCGCAACCUACGGCGCCGCCUACACAUGCUACGCCAAGACGGCCUCGACCGGCAACCUGACGGGCGUCAACCCAGCCAGUAACCCCUCAUCCUACGUGACCGCCAAGUCGAUGUCGCUGGGCGACGUAGGCUCGAUCGUCUUCGAACUUGACGAGUCCGUCGCCGUGGUAACUCGAAUCGCGGACAAAUUCCUCGUCGCCGCCGUCGGCCCAUCCAGCCUAGACGCAACAGAGCCAAACGGCGCCACUAACACCGACUCUCUCACGACUGAGAUCAGCAUCAUUGAUGCUGGUAGUGGAACUUCUAUAUCCGAGGGCUCACAGGGUGAUAUCUCGCGCACACUAGCUGCCGCGCCUGCGUCUCCGAACCCACCCCACAACGGCCGCCGAGAUCCCCAAUUUGAGAUCGACCGCAGUGCCGAUCUUGCGCGUCUGGCUAGCUUGAACCUCUCCGCCUCGCCAGCCGUCCUGCUCGCCUUGGAAUCUAAAUGCGCUGCGCUAGGACGCUUCCUCGGGGAGAAACUAGAUGAUUUGGAAAGUCCUGAGGAUUUCUGA